UAUCAAUUAUAUACUUUUGCGAUGGAAAAUUCCACUUGAUAUUAACUCAGAAUAUAGAGCUGAAUCAUCCCUCACAGUAUUCAUUACAAUGACACUUGCACCCCUGUAUGUACCUACAAGUACAUACAGGUAGCCAGUUGAUAUCAAGUGGAAUUUCCUGACGGAAAAUUCAUGAAUAUUUUAGUGUAUUUUUUUAAUUAUUUUCAAUUCUAUACUUUUGCGACGGCUAAUUACAGUUGAUUAUGAACUCAGAAUCAUGGUCUGAAUCAUCUCUCAAAGUUUUCGUUACGAUGUCACUAACACCCUGUAUAAAUGUUACUAUAGUCAAGCACUGCCACAGACAGACAAAGGCACAUAUAAUAAGUAAUUUAUCUUUUAGGUAUAAUGGAUGUGUUAUUUAACAUUGGAUGUCUUAUUGAAACGGACUCAUUAUUUUGGUGCAAUAAAGUACUAUAUUAUAGAUACUAUUAUACGAACAUGUAUAACGUACAUGUAUAUGUACAGUCAUAAGCAAUAUCAUGUACCCACUUUAGAACCCUGUCGCACUAUCAUAUUUGACAUUUAAUGAGACUUACGGUUUAAUUUGUCAAAAAAGUUAAUGUGACAUGGUUUCAAAGUGUUUACAUUUUAAUACUCGUGACGUAACCGUACUUAUAACGUGUCAUAAAGUUACGGUUUCUUAUUGUAUUAUAGAUGAUUUACGGCGGGAUCAUUUCCGCUUAGUAACUUUUAUAUAACUACCUUAGUGUGCCGCCUUUACGCCGAACAAUUAGGUAUACUUACCUACGUUCCCAAAAUAUUUUGAUUGCCAACUUCAAUAAAAAAAUUGCCCAUUGUUCCAUUUCUCAACUAAAUUGUCUGGCAGAUAAUCAGUACACAUAUUUAAUUAGGUACGCAGAUUAAACAUUUGACGUUUGUAUGAAACACGAGUGUUAACUUUGUUAUAAUAAAAUUGAUUAGGUUAGGUUUGUAUGCUGAUAAAAUACACUGCCAGACUCAAGUUCUAUUACGGCAUACGCAAUUUUCAUCAACACGAACAAACCAAUAAUUUGCAUAAAGUAUAAUAUAAGUAGUGGUUAUUAAAAAAAUCCAAUGUGGUAGUUUUGGCAGGAGGGUGAAAUAUGCCUGAAGCAAGCGAAUAUUAGGAAAAUGAAAUCAUACCAAUAAUUGUUUGCGAAACAAGGUAUAGAUCCAUUCAAAUUGCAUCAUAAUAUCAUUAUUUGUGCAGACAAUAAAGACAUAAUGUUCAGUUAACCUACCUAAUAAUAUACGGGUAAUUUAAUUAAUACUGUACAAAUUGCAAAUAUUGCUGUAAGUACCUACUUUGUACCUACCUAAAGACUGCUAUGCUUAUACGGCUGCAGAUAAACAGAAUGAAACAGUGCAUUGUCCUAAAUAAAUCUAGCAUGACGCCGUAACUUUGCUAUUUCAUUUAUCUAUGAGACGAUAAGUUUCAAGUUUUAAAAUAAGGUACCAAGCGCUUCUUGAUAAUAGUUGAUAAAGCCAUGCUGAAAAUAUUUAAGUUACAUCAUAUAAUUAAGUAAUUCGUAUUUGCCUUAAACUCGGCAGAUUUUGGUAAAUAAAUAUAUCUCUAAUAUACAUACUCGACCUCUCAAACUUUAAUAUCAGUAACGAUAAUAAAGAUAGAAACACCGCAAUCAGUAUAAGAGAGACAUUUAUUACUGUAUCAGUCUGGUAGAAUGUCGCCAGACGCGGCAUGGAACAGUUGUCUUGUAAAUUGAAACACGUGAUUCCAUUGUUCACAUAGACUGUAAUUAAUUACAAAUUGUAUCUUAUGUGUAUUGAAAUAUGUCUUUAGAAGACGCAAUUGAGACAAUCAUCGGCCGGUUUGGUAAAUACCAGUCUUGGGUAUUAUUUCUCAUACUUUUAGGUCGUUACCCAACCGAAUUCCAGUUAACCAACGUAGUGUUUAUAUUGCCUAGUGUAAACUAUGUGUGUAAAGAUGACAAUGCCUACAAUUUAACUAAUCAUUGUCCGUGUCGAAAUCCGGAAUACGACCAGAGCACGAUCGUCAGCUCAGUGACGAGCGAAUGGAAUCUCAUAUGCGACAGAACUUCGUUAGCGAGUUUAUCACAAUCGAUGCUGCAAGUUGGCAUACUAGCAGGUAGCCUUGUGUACGGCUACGUAUCAGACAGAUAUGGGCGAAAAAUUUCAACAAUUAAUGCUUUCUUCUUCACGGCACUAUUUGGAGUUCUGGCGGCUGUGAGUCCCCAACUGUGGAUGUUCAUCGUCUGUCGGUUUUUCAUCGGCAUGUCUCUUGGAGGAACCAUGCUGUGUGCCUAUAUCUUAUUAAUAGAGAUAAGUGGAAAAUCCUUCAGACCAUAUGUUGUAGGACUGGAGGGCAUAUCCUACGUCACAGGCUAUUUCGCCCAGCCGAUAAUUGCAUACUAUUUAAGGGAGUGGAGAUAUCUUAUUCUCGUGACGUCAGCGCCGUGGCUGCUAGUCGUGGCGUACUACUGGCUUUUACCUGAAUCUCCUCGCUGGUUGAUAACUGUUGGUAAAAAGAAACAAGCCAUUGAUCUUCUAACAUACAUAGCAAAAAAAAAUAAUCGUCCAACAGAAAAUAUCGAAAGGAUUGUGAGUGAAUUAGACUCAAUUGAGAGCAAUAACGAACAACGCGGUACAUAUUUGGACUUGUUCAAAACGCCAAAGAUCAGAAAGUACACGAUCGUCAACGUGCUAGUGUGGAUGUGCUGCGCGCAUACAUUCUUCGGUAUCAACCAGUACAUUGGCCGGCUGGACGGGAACCUGUACCUCAACGUGAUGCUGUCAGCUGUGGUGCUCGCGCCAGGGCUCGUCCUCGUAGUUCUGUCUUCACUAUACCUCAAGAGAAAAGUGAGCAUCAUCGUCAGUUUCUGUACAGCAGCUGUUCCUCUCCUAAUAUUCAUAUUCCUACCAAAAGACAUGCCUACAGCAACAUUAGCGUUUGCUAUCAUUGGACAACUAGGCGCUUACACGUCUUUCAUUCUAACCUAUCUAUAUUCUUGUGAAUUAUUCCCCACCGUUGUACGGAACUCUGCGAUGGGGCUUGCAUCAGUUUUCGCGAGAUUCGCAAGUUUUGUCGCGCCGUUUGUAGUGAACAUUGGUAUAGAAUGGGUGUCGAUAUUGAUAUUCAGUGGUCUAGCCUUCUGCGCUGCAUUUUUAUGUUUGUUUCUACCAGAAACAAAAGAUAUCGUUCUUUUUAAUACUAUUGACCAAGUUGAACAACCCAAAGAAAGAAAGACUAAUGAUAACAAAACAGCAUAUCUUAAACAAUAGUUUAUUGCAUAUUUUUUAUAAGUAAUUGUAUUAAUUAAAUAUACUUACAACAGUUAAUAAAAUUACCUUGUUUUUAAUCGAUUCCUAACUUUUUGGCAUACACGAGAAUCCACAGGUAAUGAUUUAUCUAUAUACUACUAAAAUCUAAAAAAUCUAAUUCGCUUUUAAUUUCUCAAGUAAUUUGUACUGUAUGUUAUGGAAUCCUCCGAAGUACCAGGUAACGAACACAAAUAAAAAGCAGUGGUAAAGGACCCAAAAGCGGAAAGCUACACUAUAGAGCAUCCCAUAGGCAAAGAGGAGGUCUAUUAUAGUCCAGAACAUGAAUCCUAUCUUCGCAGUUAGCAUUUCUCUCGGUGCUCGUUCUACGGGUGACUUGUUCGAGGGGUCGAUAAAAGUUCCUGAAAAUUACAUCUCAAGUUCAUAAAAUAUUAAUGAGUUUUUCCCUGUCUUUAUCUGUCUCAGACUCUAAUAAAUGAUUAUAACGAUAUAAAUACAUUUAAUAAAGACAAAGAUUACUGUA